AUGACGUCGCGACCGAAGCGGAUCCUUCUCACGAACGACGAUGGAGCCGACUCUCCGUUUUUCAAUGCGUGGGUCGACCACUUGAGGUCUCUGGGGCUCAACAUCGUCGUUGCCUCACCCUCAGGCCCGCAGUCGUUCGCGUCGAAGGCGGUGUCGAAGGGCCCGCUCACAGUCACGCAGCCGGCGGCGGACGUGUACCACAUAUCGGGGUCCCCCGCGGCGUGCGUGAACAUCGCCCUGUACUCCCUGAACGUUGAUUGCGACCUCAUCAUCUCGGGACCCAACAUCGGACACAACGCCGGACGCGCCGCCGUCCUCUCGUCGGGGACGAUCGGCGCGGCGAUGGAGGGGGCGCUGGCGGACGUGCGGUCGAUCGCGGUGUCGUUCCCGUUCUUCGCCGGGUUCAACAACUGGCCGGAGAACGAGAUCGAGGCUUCGGUAUCUGUUGCCGCGGAGAUUUGUCUCAAACUGUGGGACACGUGGCCGAGCGCGCUGCAGGACGGCCCCGACGCGUGCCUCCCCGAGCACCUCGUGUACAACGUCAACGUGCCCCUGGGUGCGGGCGUCACAGACGUCCCUGCGUUGAUUUUCGGAGGGGCCGGCGCCGCCCCGCAGGGCGCGCAGGGCGGGAGCGGGGCUGCGCAGAACUCGUCCUGGGAGACGUUCGACGCGAAGAGCGGGGACGGCGGGCUCGCAGAGGCACUCCGGCCAACGACGGAGCCCUGGUUCGCGACGACUCCGCCGGGCGCGUCGUCCGCGGUCCCCGUGCACGUCACCACCGUGGACCCCGCCACGGGGUACCGUUCGCUGUUCGCAGAGCAGGAGCCUGAGUCAGGCCCCCCUGAGUCAGGGGCACGAACGUUCGUGUGGUCGCCCAAGGGGCUGCGCGUAUUCCAGUCGCGCGAGACGAUCCCGGACGGCGACGUGCGCGCCAUCCAGAGCGGCGCUGCGAGCAUCAGCCCCCUGCACGUCUCCUACCGUCCCAUGCGCGUGGCACUGCCGCGCGAGGACUGA